GUCAUUACAAUUUAUCGCUAAACGGGAAAACUGAUGGGUUAAUUUUUUUUUUUUUUCCCCAUUUAAGUUUACCCCCCCGCGGCGGCGACCAACUUGGCAACGCAUCGCGGGGAAAGAGCAAAAUGGGAAAAAAAGCUACAUUGGUGAAGCGCGGUUGGCGUAGCUGCUAAGCGGUUGGCGUAGCUGCUAAGCGGCUGACGACGCGGCUGCCCCUACGCGCGCACCAUUUGGAGCAGAGGCGAAACUGAACUCCUGUGUGCCUCCACCUCGCGGUGCUUACGUAGUUACACCCCUUCUUAUUCCAUCUUUCAGCAGGGACUAACGUUUGGAGCAUCCCCCCCGUCUCCCUGUUGCUUUUUCCCGCCUCGACAGGCAUGUGUGCUAAAGCGGUGACGUGAGACCAUGCAGGUAAGGAGCCCCCACACAAAGUAGACCACAGGGGUGAACCUGUCUGCCGUUUUCUGCACAGUUUUGAGGCGCCGGAUGGUCGUUUCAUCUUCGUUGUUUUGCCUGAACGUGUAUGCAGAAUGAGAUUUUUUUUUUCCUUUUUCUAAUUCUGCUCGCAAUAUGCGUUUCUUCCCAAUUCGCUAUGCGAAAAAUUGCCUACUCGCACAAGUUGCUCGGCGAGUUGCUGUCCCUGAGGGGUUUCCACAUGCCAUCGAAAACACGGCCUGCGACAGCGUCCAGGAAUCCCUACAUGACCCACACCAUGACACGUACGAAGCGUACAAUUCAAAAUUUGCAUGCGGCGUCAGGAAAGACGUUUUCCCCUACGAAAGCUUGUCCAACAUUGAAGAGGGUAGCCACCGCGACGAUAGACGGGGAAAAGCAAAGCUGACCGACGAACGCCAGAUGGCCAUGGAGAAGGAGCUCAUUUUUCAAAACGAAGUGCUGCGGAAUGUGCUCAAGAGCUCCCAAGACGUGAAGGAGAUGCAGAGGGAGCUGUUCUACGUGGAUGAGCGCGACUUCGUGCCGGUGAUUCCCCCGGCGCAGGGGCAGAGCGCGUACUCCCUCAGGCGGGACUAUCCCCCGCGGGGCGGCGAAGCGGAGGAUGAAGCGGGGGGAGAAGCGGGAGACAAACCGGGGGACAACCUCGAAGGGCAUCCCGCUUCCCAGUAUGGCGGCCGUAUGACCAUACGGCAUGGAGGAGACCACCAAAGCGCAGAGUGCAGCUCGCCCAGCGGUAAGGGGCUAAAAGGACCCCUCGAAGCGAAGACAAACAUGCACCCCCCCAGGAUAGGCGAAAUCAAAGUGAACAUAGAUGACAUAAAGAAAGGCCUACUGAGUUACUACUCCAACAUUUAUUCCUUGGAUCACUACGAUAUAGAGGAACGAAUUAACAUAUUGAAGUAUGGUGAGAAAAAUAUUUCUGAACAUGUUCAGGCGAAUUGUCGCUACAAAAAGAGGGAGCUGCCCCGAAGGCCCCCUUUUGUGCGUUACAAUGACGAGUUGGACACCCCUAAUUCGGUUGCUCACCAGAGUAUGUUGCCUGAGUAUUACUACGCGGAGGGGGUUGGUCUCUCCAGGGAUGGGAGGGAGAGGUCCCACUUGGGCAGCACCCACCAAAUGGAAGAAACGAAGGCCUUCCAAAGUGAAUUCGACCACGUCGGGCAGAUCUCCGAGCUGCUCAGCAGCCUGAAGAACAAAUGCGCCGACGCGAACUUCAAGGCGCAGAGCCUCACCUCCAAGUUUGACCGAAAGUACGAGAACCCGGACAGCCGCUUCUGGCUCCACGACUUGGUUCCCAUGCACCUUAGAAAGCCGGCGCUCCACAACGAAGACGGAAUCAGGAGCCACCUGGUGGUGACCUACUCCCAGCUGUACAACGAAGCAAUGCUAAACAAAAAGAAGAUCGCGGCGCUGGAGAAGAAGCUGCACAUACUGAAGCUACGGGCGAACCUCCCCAGGGGGGGCUACCGGAUGGAGACGCGAAACGCGCUCUGA